AUGGCUACAAUUCAUCAUUCUUGUAGCUUCUUGUUGAUUGCAUUUACAUGGAUGUUCACAAUCAUUGGAAAGGCAGCAUUAGUAGCGGGUGUAUUUCAGCCCAGUCAAUGGACUCAAGCCCAUGCCACAUUUUAUGGUGAUGAGACUGCUUCAGCCACCAUGGGAGGAGCAUGUGGGUAUGGAAAUUUGUUCCUGAACGGGUACGGGACAGAUACAGCGGCUUUGAGCUCAACAUUGUUCAACAAUGGGUAUGCAUGUGGGGCUUGUUAUCAGAUACAAUGUGUCCAGUCGAGUGCAUGCUACUCCAACGUGCCUUACGCCACUGUGACUGCCACCAAUCUUUGCCCUCCUAAUUGGGCUGAGGCCUCUAAUGAUGGAGGUUGGUGCAACCCCCCGCGUGCACAUUUUGACAUGUCCAAGCCCGCAUUCAUGAAAAUUGCACACUGGGAAGCUGGCAUUGUUCCUGUUAUGUACCGCAGAGUGCCUUGUGUAAGGAGUGGAGGGCUUCGAUUCUCUUUCCAAGGAAAUGGGUAUUGGCUAUUGGUGUAUGUGAUGAAUGUGGGAGGUGGAGGAGAUAUUGCCAACAUGUGGGUGAAAGGAAGUGGAACAGAUUGGAUUAGCAUGAGCCACAAUUGGGGUGCUUCUUACCAAGUAUUUGCUACAUUGAAUGGCCAAGCUCUCUCUUUCAAGGUUACUUCCUACACAACCAAAGAAACUAUAAUAGCAUGGAAUGUUGCUCCUGCCAACUGGGGCGUUGGACUAACUUAUUCCACCGAUAUCAACUUCAGUUAAAAGCACUACAUAA